AUGUCUACCACUGAGACUACCAACAACGGCGCCCUCGAGAAGGACGUCGGUGUUGCCUCCGCACCUGGCGCAGCCAACCUUCAGCCGCAGAUGUCGGCCGAGGAGCACGAGGUCGCUCGCCAGGCUGCGCGCUUCGGCUACGGCCCUCUCGCUCACGUCAACACUGCUGAGGCUCGUCUCCCCGCCUUCGGUGGUGAGUUCCAGCCCGGUCUGUACAAGCCCGUCGAGGGCCGCAAGUUCGCCAACCCUGCUCCUCUGGGCCUGUGCGCUUUCGCCUUGACCACUUUCGUGCUGAGCGCCAUCAACAUGGGUGCCCGCGACCUCACCCAUCCCAACAUCGUUUGCGGUCUUGCUUUCGGUUACGGUGGUCUGGUCCAGCUGCUUGCCGGCAUGUGGGAAAUGGCCGUUGGUAACACCUUCGGUGCCACUGCUCUCUCCUCGUACGGCGGUUUCUGGCUCGCGUUUGCCAUUGUUUUGACCCCUGGUGGCUUCGAAAUCGAGUCGAGUCUUGGGGCCGUCCCGUUCGCAAACUCCAUGGGUCUCUUCCUGAUGGGCUGGUUCAUCUUCACCACCAUCCUGGUCUUCUGCACCCUCCGCUCCACCGUUGCCUUCUUCACCCUGUUCUUCACCCUGGAUCUGACCUUCCUCCUGCUGGGUAUUGCUUACAUCUACCACGACGAUGCCGGUAUCCCCAACAGUAGCAUCCAGAAGGCUGGUGGAUUCUUCGGUUUCCUCGCUGCUUUCGCCGCCUGGUACAACGCCCUGGCUGGUCUGGCCGACAACAGCAACAGCUUCUUCGUCAUCCCCGUUGCCCACUUCCCCUGGUCUGCCACUGGUCGUGAGCGCCGCGGAAAGACCGACCGUGAGCUGGCAUAA